AUGCCUUCUUCCUUUGUCUCACUCCGCGCGGGUGAUCAUUCCUCUCGCGAUGAGUAUGGCGCAGCUUCUCCAGCUUCACCAGCGCGUAGCUUCGCUUCAUUAGCUAUCGGAAACAAUGCCAACAGCUACAGCAAUGGCUACAGCAACGGUCACAGCCACAGUCAGAGCAAUGGCCACAGCAAUGGCUAUGCCAAACACCAGAGCAAUGGCCAUAGCAACGGCCACGUCAAUGUCAAGUCUGACUCAGACGUGAACGGAUUAAGCCGUGCAAGCCACGAUGACGAGUUCCUCCGUCUCCCAGCUCCACAGCAGGACAUCUUGCUCCUUCAUGGCCCUCGCCAAAAAUACUCACUAGAACGUGCCAGGGACAUUCCUGAGCUGCGAGGAGAUCGCGAGAUUCUAGUCCAGGUUCUUGCUAUCGGUCUCAACCCGGUCGACUGGAAGGGUGCAGAUUAUGGGUUCGGCCAGCCUAGCUACCCUUGGAUCAAUGGCCGUGAUUUUGCAGGAAUUGUCGUUCGCGCACCUCGCAAACAGAGUCGUGUCCAGCAGGGAGACGUAGUCUUCGGUGCAUCCACCGACUAUCGCGAUGUCCGCAAGGCGGCUUACCAAGAGUAUGUGGUGACAACCGACUACAACGUAACCAGAAUUCCCCAGGGUGUCAGCGUGAAGGAAGGAGCCGCUCUUGGUGUCGCCUAUGUCGCUGCCAUCGUCUCUCUGGGAAUCAGCUUUGGUCUCAACUUCGCACAACCACGCAACGGCGCACCGGCUGGUCCUGACCUUCUCCGACUCGUCCGCGAGCUUGAGCCCCGCAAUAUUCCCGAGGAUGUCCGAGAGGAGAUCUUCAGCGGUAUCACCACCUCUGAGCGCCCUCACGCUGGCGAGUUCAUCGCGAUCUGGGGAGCCAACAGCAUGACAGGCCAGAUUGCUCUGCAGCUGUCCAAGCUCGCCGGACUACGCGUCAUCGCAAUUGCCGACAUCGCAAAGGGCGGCGGCCGCCUGACUGAGCUCGGAGCCGACUUCCUUGUCGACAAAUACGACACCAAGCGCGCAGUCGAGAUCAUUCGCACUGUCAGCGGUGGCAAGCUUCGCUUUGGCUUUGACGCCAAUGGUGCAGACAGCGCUGCAUUGCUGUCAGAGGCUCUUCAGAAGAAUACUUCUGGACCCAAGUCCCACCUCCUGGGGCUGGGAGGCUUGCCGAAGCAGGCUGCGGCGGGCGUUGUCCACCACAAGGUCCCGAUCAAGAUCUUCCACGAAGACGCCAGUGCUGGUGAAGCUAUCUCACAAUGGCUGGAGGAUCUUCUGAUCGCUCGCAGCCUCAAAUUGCCCGAGGUAGAGAUUGCCGAGGGCGGCUUGUCCGGAAUCAACGAUGCCCUUGACCGCCUGCGCUCUGGCAAGAUUGGAGGACGACGCAUUGUUGUGCCUGUCAACAAAGAGAGUGGAUCCCAAUCACCUGUUCCACAAAACGGCAAAGACGUUCCCAACACUUUCGGUGUUCCCAUCAGCGCCUCCGACUUCAGCUACGCAGACUCACUCAACAGCGAUCCAGACCGCGUCAAGUUCGCUUACUGGGUUCCUAAUGUGUCUGGUGGUCUCGUCAUCAGUAAGAUUGAGCAGCGAACACACUGGGACCACAAGUCCAACAUCAAAUACGGUCGUAUCGCUGAGCGCAGUGGUUUCGAGUACGCCCUGUCGCAGAUUCGUUUCAUGGCUGGAUAUGGUGCAGACAACCAACACGAGCCCGUAUCGCUCUCACAGGCUAUUCUUGCUGGAACCGAGAGGCUCAAGCUCAUCAUCGCUCUGCUUCCUGGUCCGUGGAACCCAGCAAUUGCUGCCAAGCAGAUCGCAUCGAUCGAUGUUUACAGUGAAGGCCGUACUGCUGUCAACAUUGUCUCUGGCUGGUUCAAGCUCGAGUUCACAAGCAUUGGUCAAUGGUGGCUAGACCACGCCGAGCGAUACCGCCGCAGCAAAGAAUUCAUUCAGUGCCUCAAGGGUAUCUGGACCGAGGAUAGCUUCACCUUCAAGGGCGACUUCUACCAGUUCCACAACUACCCUCUGAAGCCCAAGCCCAUCAGCUCACCUGGCCGUCCUCACCCAGAGAUUUUCCAGGGUGGCAACAGUGAUGACGCGAAGGAGAACGCUGGUAGUGUCUCUGACUUCUACUUCAUGAACGGCAACACCCUCGAAGGUUUCCAGAGCCAGAUCAAGGACGUCAAUGAGCGUGCGAAAAAGAACGGUCGCGAGGGACAAGUUGGUUUUGCGUUGAACGGUUUCGUCAUCUGCCGUGACACGGAGGAAGAGGCAAUCCGCGUCUUGCAAGAAAUUCAAGGCAAGGCAGAUCCCGAGGCUGUGGAGGGCUUCCGUCAGCAAGUGCAGAACGCCGGUUCCUCUACGAGCAACAAGAGCGGCAUGUGGGCCAACUCCAAAUUCGAGGACCUUGUCCAAUACAACGACGGUUUCAAGACGAAGCUUAUCGGAACCAAGGAGCAGAUCGCCGACCGCAUCCUGCUGCUCAAGAGCUUGGGAGUGAACAUCAUCCUCACCGCGUUCCUUCAUUACGAGGAAGAGAUUGAGCAGUUCGGUCGCGAAGUGCUGCCGCUUGUUCGAAAGCUGGAGGCUCAAGGUCGUGGCAAGGACGUCGAGGAUGAGAUCCGACGCACCGGUGAUGUUUACAAGGCGAAGAAGAGUGAAACUUCUACCUCUACUAAAGGUGGUGAUGGUGAGAAGAAACUGUCAUCCGCGGAACCCACUACGUCUGCUGCACCCGCUGAGAAGAACGGCCAACCCACUUCUACUCCCUCAUCCAACACGCAACCUCGUUCCUUCGCAUCCAUCGGUGCACCCGCUGCAGUUGAUACACCCGUGCCUGGAAUCAAGAAUAAACCCUUCUCUUUCCUCGCUGACGAGCAGGAUAAAGCCGACAUCGUCAGGUCCAUCGCGCAGCCCGAACGUGAAGAAACGAAGCCCACGCCAGCGAGGACAUUCGAAACCAUCACCUCUUCUGGAAAGACUGGUGCCCAGGCUAACGGCGAGACUGCCACUGAUAAGACUGUCGCUCCUUCAACGGAAGAGCCCUCUUUCGUGCAGAAAGUCGUUGAUAAGGUGGUCGACCAUGCCCCCAAGAAGGUCCAGGAGAAGAUCGGCCACGAAACUUCCAAUGGCCACGCCGCCGAGAACGGCGUUCAUGAGGAGAUUCCAACGGCCUACGAGAGGGAUGUGCGCCCCUCUACAGCUGUUCCUGAGAAGCCUCACCAAGAGUCCAAACAGGCUGCCGAGGCCGUAGAGCGUCCCUCCACGGCUGCUCACGAGAGAAAGGGCAUCUGGGGCUCGAUCCGUCGUCACAUCAGCCUGAGAAAGUAG